UUUUUUUUUUUUAAAUUUUAUAUUUUUUGAUAGCUUUAUAAGAUGGUAAACAACUAGAUGAGAAAUGAAGUUUUUUCUUUUUUUUUUCCCUUCCUUUUAUAUAAUGUAACAUUAUUUAUUUAUAUACUUUAGGAUGAAGAAUACGACGUUAUUGUUUUAGGUACUGGUUUGACCGAAUGUAUUUUAUCUGGUCUCCUUUCCGUUGAGGGGAAAAAAGUUCUUCACAUGGACCGUAAUGACUAUUACGGUGCCGAGUCUGCCUCUUUAAACUUGACUCAAUUCUUUAACAAGUUUAGACCUGGACAAAAAGCACCUGAAAACUUGGGUCGUGAUCGUGAUUGGAACAUUGACUUGAUUCCUAAAUUCAUGAUGGCUAAUGGUGAAAUUAUUCGCUUUUUAACACAUACAGAUGUAACACGUUAUCUCGAAUUUAAGCAGAUUGCUGGUUCUUAUGUUUAUAGUGGUGGACGUGUAAGUAAAGUUCCUGCUAAUGGUUCUGAGGCACUUGCUUCACCUUUAAUGGGCAUUUUUGAGAAACGUCGUAUGAGAAACUUUUUACUUUGGGUUGAAGCUUAUAAAGAGAAUGAUCCAUCUACUCACCAAGGUCUUAAUGUGGAUCAAAAUACGAUGACAGAGGUUUUUAAAAAGUUUGGUUUGGCUUCAGGUACUCAAGAGUUCAUUGGCCAUGCUAUGGCUCUUCAUUUAGAUGAUAGUUAUUUAUCUCAACCUGCUCGUGAUACAGUUGAAAAAGUAAGGCUAUAUGCUGCUUCUGUCCUUCGAUAUGGUAAAUCUCCAUACAUUUAUCCCUUGUAUGGUCUUGGUGAUCUGCCACAAGCUUUUGCUAGACUUUCUGCUGUUUAUGGUGGUACUUAUAUGUUAAACACAGAUGCUAAAGAGUUAAUCUAUAAUGAUCAAGGUCAAGUUAUGGGUGUAAAGGCAAAUGAUGAAAUGGUUCGUGCUAAAAUGGUUAUCUGUGAUCCUUCCUAUGCACCCUCUAAGGUUAAGAAAGUAGGAUCCGUUGUUCGAGCCAUUUGUCUCUUAACACACCCUAUCCCCAGUACAAAUGAUAGUGAUUCUUGUCAAAUCGUCAUUCCUCAAAGCCAAGUAAAGCGUCAACAUGAUAUUUAUAUCGCUUGUGUUAGUGAUGCCCAUAUGGUUUGUCCUAAAGGAUAUUAUUUAGCCAUUGUUUCUACUAUUGUUGAGACACCUAAUCCUGCUGAAGAAAUCAAAGAAGGUUUGAAACUGUUAGGACCUAUUCAAGAUAUGUUUGUUCAUGAAUCACCUUUGGAAGUUCCUAUUGAAGAUGGCAAACAAGAUCAAGUUUAUAUUUCUCGUUCAUACGAUGCUACAUCUCAUUUUGAAACAGUUUGUGACGAUGUUCAUGAUAUUUGGCGUCGUAUUACUGGUGAGCCUUUAAUUCUUAAGAAGAGAGAAAAUGAAGAAGAAGUCAACACUGCUUAAUAAAAACUUUUGUACAAAUAAAAAUAAAAUAAAAUAAAAAAUAAAAUAUGACUGAAUACGAUUACAAAGCCUUUACAUAAAAACAAAGGAAUUAAAAAAAGAAGAAAUGAAUCAUUCAUAGUUAGACUGGAAAGG